CCAUUGAUUAUUUCAAUUUUAAUCAGAUUAAUUCUGGUCCGGUUUCGGUCUAACCCGGCAAUGGCAAUUUUGAUCAAAUCAACUCAAGUGUAACACAUAAACCAUUAUGUAUAAUUUUUUUGUUUAACAAGGGAAUAAUAGGUUAUUUAGAGUAGAAGACAGAAUUUAAAUUUAAACUUAAUAUUAAAAAAUGAUUUUUUUUAAUAUGACAUGAUUUAUCUUAAUUAACUAGUAAAUGUGAUACGAGGCACUUUGGAAUAGAUCACAUAAUUUAAAUCACAUCACUGCCAAAUUCUAUUUUCUAAUAGCACGAACCCUAAUUAUAGUUUAAUAUUGUGUGAUCCAAUGCAUGACCUGAGAUUUCAAUACUAAUUAAUGAUGAAAACAGUAUGAAAGAGUUUAUCAUCCACGUACAACAGAUGCCUAAACUGAGACAGGAUUCGUAUCUGUGACCAUAAAACUGUCGGCUGCAUGCAUUGUCAUACAAUGAGUUUGGCAAAAAACAUAAAGAAAAUAAUAAAAAUCAGAAAAUCGAUCCACUCCAAUCCGUACAAUUGUACAAAUAAUACAGCAACUAUACAUUUCCAGCUAAGCAUAAUUCAGCAACAAUGAUAUGUCUCUGACUCACCAUCCACGCGGACAUGCACUUUACACUACCAAAGGACCAAUAGAUGAUGGAUAAGAUUCCAGGCAAAGAUAUGGAAACUCAAGUUUGUUUUUUUUUUUCCCAAAGAAUAGGAGACAAUAUAUGUCAAAGUACAUUUAUUAAAUAAAUAACAAAAUAUAAUAAUUCAAAAAAAUAUUAAUAAUAUUAAGACUUCAACAUGGUCGAUACAUAUAUCUUUGGAUAAUUAAAAAUAAAAUAAAAAGUAAGUGAAUCCCUAAAUGUAAAUAAUUUAUAUAUGACAUGAGUAAUCUUCCUUAGACUAGAUACCUUUUAUCUGAGUUCCACGGCUCCAGGAAGCAAGUACUCUUUGGAUAAACCUUUUCAAGAGAGAGAGAAGGGAAAGGCAUAAGACAAAAGUCAAGAGUGACAAUUAAUAUCGUCGAAUAAUCAUAGUAUUAAGUAAGCAUAGUUAGAUGGUGAAUGCUUGAUCAAGGAGGAAAGCAGCAGGAAGCAUUAACCUCUAUCGUUUUGUAUGGACUCACGUUGUAAAAUAGUAGUGACAUGACAUCCAUAUAAAAUCCAUAUAUUUAUAGACCCUGUCUUCCUAUAUAUCUCCGAGAAUGCCACGCAGCCUCUGCAACUUAAUUGCUUUGUCUUUUUCUCUCUCCCUUCUCUGUAGCGUGGUCAAUACAUAUACUGUUUUCCCCUUGAAACCCUUUCUCUUUUCUUGUGGCCAGAAAACCAAAAUGGUUUCUCAUCUGUUCCUCCAUUUCUCUCUCUUUUCUCUUGUUCUCUUCAUCCCAAUCUAGUAUAUAUAGAACUUGAUCAUUUCGCACCGUAGCUACGGCUGCAAAUAUUGUGGCAACUGAUGAUGAAUGGCGGCGAAAAAAAAUGAGCUUAACAUGAAUGAUUCAGUCUAUAUUGCAGAAUCCUCAUCUUUAAGUUAUAUAUAUAUGAUGUGUAUGCAUGAAGGUUCAGAGAAUAAUGCAUGGGAUCAAAAUAGGAGAGAACUGAUCAUGAACGAGCAACAAUUAAUGGGGAUGAGUUCACGGUGGAGCCCAACGCCGGAGCAGCUACUAGCACUGGAAGAAAUGUACAGACGUGGAACGAGAACGCCAAAAGCAGAACAAAUCCAACAAAUAGCUGCACAUCUUCGUAGGUUUGGGAAGAUUGAAGGGAAGAACGUGUUCUACUGGUUUCAAAACCACAAAGCAAGAGAACGACAAAAACGCCGUCGUGCAGUAGAGGCUAGUCGUAAAGUGCUAAGGCAUGAUAUUACUGGAAGCCUGGAUAUGAAAGAAUCAGUUGAACUGCAGAAGAAGACUUUGGUACCACCUUCAAGCUGCAGUGAGAAUUUAGAGGGACCUGUCUCAAUUCUUACAGCAGGAACAACAGAAAGCACAACACCACAUGGGUGCUUACAAAUUGAGAAGAGGGAAUCAAACCAACGUAAGAGUUGCAGUCUAGAGAAGAAAACAAAGUGGCUUGCAGUGGAUCCCUGCCCCUCUUAUCCUAUACAUCUCAUAAACAACAUGACCACAAGAAGUUCAACAUUCUUAAAUUCUCAAAGGCAGAGUUCAUGGUUUAAAUCCAACAGAAGAACAGAGAAUGAUGAGAAUAAAAUUGGAGAAGUUGAAACCCUAGACCUAUUUCCACUGUGCAGUGAGGAUUGCAGCGGAGUUAAUGAUAGCAAGAACGACACUGAAGUAGCCAUCACAGCCAUAAAUACAAAACUGAUGAGUCCCAACCAGUAUUUUGAGUUUCUUCCUCUGAAGAACUGAAGGAAACAGCCUAACCCAUGUGGUCAGAAUCCAGCUCUUAAUUGUUUUGCCAUGAAUGUAAGCUGAGUAACAUAUUUCAGUAUGUUUUUUAGUUAAAAAUUGGGACUGUGCAACAGUGUAGGAUAAGGACAUGUAGAGGUAAUGUGGGGAUGCAUUGCCCUAAAAUGCAUUUGGACCAUGUUGGUUUAAACCAAGGGAUGCCUCCAUUAUUUCCUAUAAAGAAGAUGAUAUGGUAAUUUUCUUUUUUUGUUU